GACUAGGGUGCUCCGACAAGAAUUGUCAAAGUUAGAAACCAAGCUCCCCCCGCCUCCUUUCUCACAUUAACAGUUCCUUUCAUAUAAACAAAUCUACAAGAUGAUACAUUUACUCGGUGUUAAUCUACCUGACAAAAAGCUAAUAGGCACAGCGUUACAAUACUUUUAUGGCAUUGGCGAAUCAACAGCAUUAAAACUAUGUCAAAGACUAUCUAUUUCACCCACUGUGAAAGUAGCUGAGUUGAGCGAUGUUCAAAUUACCGAGUUGACAAAUAUACUAUCCAACAUGACAAUUGAAUCGGAUUUAAAAAGACAAGUGAGAGAUAAUAUUAUGCAUCACCGUAAUAUUGGUAAUUAUACUGGUAAACGACAUGCCAUGGGUCUACCCGUUCGUGGACAGAGAACAAGGAAUAACGCGCAAACAGCAAAGAGAUUGAAUGGCAGAAUUAUCAACCGCAGAAGUUAUAUGACACAAACUUCGCCAGCCGCAGACAUGUGGGCACGAUUACAACAACAAAAACCUUUAGAACAGUUCAUAGAAAAGUGGAGUGGCCGUCUGUAAAUAGUAAUGGGACAUGAAAGGUUUAUUUACCGUGAGGUAGAUUUUAUAGGGCGAAAUAAAACAAUUCGCUUAAUGUGUAUACACUUUGGUUUUUUUAAUGAAAACUCACAAUGUACUUUAUUAAGACACGUUCGAGCUAUCGAUAACUAGAAUACCCGGCACACAAAAGCAUAUCAGUUUUUUUUCUUUUUUUUUUUUUUCGGGGGGCAUAACCAUUAUUUU